AUGAUGGCCAUUGAUGUGCAGACUCCGUUUGCCAGCCCACGCAAAGGCAAGCGUGACAUGCGGGCCGAAUUGGCAGCCUGGCAGGCGGCUCAGCGAUCUCAGCAGCGCCAGGUUCCACGAAUCCCGCUUCACCAGUCGCCAGGGCCGUUGCAGGCAGCGCGCUUGGAUCGCAGCCCAGGAGCGAGAUUGACCCCGAGGUCGCCAAAGAAGGAGGCACCCCGGGCUGCUUUCAGCCCGGUGCGUGUGCCCCAGCGACCGGCGGGAUGGUCCCAGGUUUCGCCGCUACCUGGCGGAGGCGCACCGCACGGCAGCACCGACGCCGAGGCCUCCGUUCUUGAAGACUGCCUUCAGGCUUACGAGGAGUUUGCAUCGCUGCGCGUGCCGCCGAACUCGCCGAACACUUCCCUCACGCCCGCUGUGGCCGCGGCCUUCCGGGCGAUGGAGCGUGAGCAGGUGCCUGCAGGGCAGUGCAUGCGACGUGUUCUGGAGGCGGCCAUCGAGCAGAUCGGGGAGCAGGAGCCAGGCCACUAA